ACACCGCAAGGUAACCUGCAGACUCCGGUGGCAACCACCGACAGUCAAGAACUUCCGCAAGGUAACCUGCAGACUCCGGUGGCACCACCGACAGUCAAGACCCCACAAGGUCACCUGCAGACUCCGGUGGCACCACCGACAGUCAAGACACCGCAAGGUAACCUGCAGACUCCGGUGGCACCACCGACAGUCAAGACACCGCAAGGUAACCUGCAGACUCCGGUUGCACCACCGACAGUCAAGACACCGCAAGGUAACCUGCAGACUCCGGUGGCACCACCGACAGUCAAGACCCCACAAGGUCACCUGCAGACUCCGGUGGCACCACCGACAGUCAAGACCCCGCAAGGUAACCUGCAGACUCCGGUGGCACCACCGACAGUCAAGACCCCGCAAGUUUUUGAACCUUCAGUGUCAUACUACAGCAGGCUUGGAAGGGUAGUUGUGGCAUAUGACACAAAGAAAAACACUUGGCAUUGCCCUUGUACGAUUUCCAAAAAGUCAUGCAUCCACAAGGCUAUAGGCAAAUGGCAUCUUUUUGAGACAAGGAGGGACCUAUUCAAAAGAGUUAAGAGUACAGAAGAUAACUCUUCACUGAAUGAAGGCCAACUGAAGCACUCUGACAAAGAAAAUUACCCAAUCACCGACAGAGGUAUUGAAAGGAUUUUGAAAUACAUCACGUCUCACAAAAAAAUACCACCUGAACUUCCCGUGACACUGGUUGCAAACUCCAGAAAUGCAAAGGCUUCACUUGGAUUUCCUAAGCAUCUUGUUCCUGCUGAGAUCACUUGCAAGGAAUGUGUUGAACAGAGUGUCCUCAGCGACCCCCAGUUGAUCACCAGUAAAGCGAGGAUUUUAACAUACUCUGGCAUCGUUGAAGGCAUAUCGACAUACAAAAAGACAUGUCCCAGUUGCGGUAUGGUCUUCCGCUAUCAGGAGUGGCAGGAUGGAAUCCACAAUUUCGAUAACCACAUGAUGCUCUCUCUACAUUUGUGCCUUACUUUAAGAAAUGCAUUACAGGUUAGGCUUUUUGAUUUCUACCAGUAUACACAUUAUCUACUCAGUGAAAUCCAAAAUCCACCUCAGCAGUAUGAUGGUAGAGUCAAUGUGAAAGACUUCUGGGAUGCAGUGACUAUGGAAAUCCUAAGCCGUGGUUUCUAUCCCAGUGACGGCAAGAAUCCUUUCAUUGUCCGUCCAAGUUAUCAAAACUGGGCACCGUGGAUUGGACAGCAUACCAGACAGUCAGAUAUUGUGUUCAACACGGAGUAUGCCAAGAUCCAUGUGCCAGAUGUCUCCACUGAUGCGGACGAGCGGGUGACAGAAGAGCGACUGGCUGAUGAGGUGUUAAACCUAAAGGUAGCAGAGGUUAGGGCUCUAUGUAAGCAGUGUGGCCUCGACAGCAAGGGCUCUAAGAUGGACCUUGUCCUUCGUCUUCGUGAGAAAAUGGCCAGCAGGAGGACAUAUAAUAAAGUGUUUGAGAAAGUCUGGGGUGCCUCUGGUGGUUGGGCUGUAGUAAUGUGCCCAUGUGGAGUCGUGUAUUCUGUAAAGUUUAAUCUCAGAGCUGAGAGUCCCAGAGACUUCACCGACAUGCUUCUGUCAUGGAAACAUUUUCAAGUUACAGUGUAUGACUACGCAAGGGGGCUGGCCAGUCAUGCCAACUGCCGACAACCACUGGAUCCUUACUUCCAUCCACAUGAGGGGAGGUUACUUCCUCCCUCACCAAAGAACAUCAAACUGGCUACAGAGAGGAAGCUUAGGGUAGAUUUGGCAUGGCUUAAGCACAGGAAAGAGGAAGAGGACAAGGACUGCCAUCCAAUCACUGGAUCGUCUGAUCAUUAUGCUUUGCUUGAUGUUUUCCAUCAAUGCAACAGCAAAGAUGACAGGGAUCUCCUUCAGAGAAUUGAACUUGUUCCAGAGCUUGCUGGGCACAUUAACAGCCAGUGUGCUGAGCAGUUAUUCUCCGGGAUGCGGAAAAACAAUUAUUUCCUUAAUAUGCUCACACCCUCUGCACACAUCUUCCUACAGAGGAAUAUCUUGCACCUCUACAAUGUGGACCGAAAUAACAAAGUGAAAGAACAGUUCAAGAAAACUGCGUUUAGCCUUGAUGUUAAUGGAAGAAUCAACUUGGGGCAUCAAAGCAAAGAGACGACGACCCCACAACUGACUCUUCAUACAGUAAAGGCCCACCAGUCCUGUUGGGGACAGAAGCUGACUCAAACACAGGAAAAUAUGCUUUCACAGGUAUUGGACAGCAGAGGAAGCCCAGAUGAACGCCUUGCCUAUUUAAACAACCAGAUCCUUACACGCACUGACUUUUGGACUUUGGGACGACCACAGGAUGUUGAAGGGAUGAUCCUAAAAAGCUGCCCCUAUAUAAACAUUAGGCCCACACUGCCCCUUUGCGCAUGCGUCUGCGGUGAUUCUUGGCUGCAGGCCAGAGAAACGGUUCUCUUUCGCGCCUCCCUCCUCUUGGUGUGUGGAAAUGUUGGAAGACAAUUCGUAGUGGAGUGGAGGUGGUGACCCUCAGCCCACGUGUCAGUGUCUUCAAGGAGAGAUGGCCUGGUUUAUUCAAUGAGGCUCAGAUCAAGGAGGAGUUCCGACACAUAACAACUCUUUCACUGGAAGAGACUUUGAUGCUGAAACUGGAUGGGUACACUAACACCACGUCGCUCCAGCUGAUGCGUGCCAAAGGAGGAGAUGCUGGCUCCAGGAUGCGCCCUCUUCUGAGCACAAUUGAUGAGGCCCAGAGUGUUGGGAAAAAGAGAUGCAGUGGCCAGGUGCCUGAUUGAAGACCUUGGGGAACGCCAAGAAGACCUUUUUCAAGACAGCCAGGACGAGCCUGACAACGUCGUGGACCAAACUAUGAAGGUGCUUGUGAUCCAUGAUGCCAGGGACGGGACCAGCAGAUGUGUCUAUUGUCAUAGAGGGAGACAGAGUUUUGUGCGGAAACCAAACAAAGGCAUGUGCAUUGUUGAUGGGAUUCAUCUACGCCAGGCAUCCUCAAACUACGGACUCCGGUCCGGAUCCGGACCGAACCACCACUGUCUCCGGACUCUGAGCAAAUUAUACUUUUCAUAUGUAUUAUCUCUCUGUAUUAUAUGUGAGACAUCGCCACAACGCAUUCGCAACGAGUCAAAAUUCUCCGCUAUGUCCACUGCAAACA